UCUCUGACUUACCAUCAGGCUUCCUUCCCGAGGAAUCCAAUUGUUCUUCUUCCCCAUUCCCAUCCAACGUCUCACAAUCCCUCAUCUCCUUCAAAUCUAAUCAACCACCCUCCGCUUACAUCUCCACCCUCUCUCAACCCCCAAACACACACGACUUCACACUUCACUCCCUCAGAUCUAAAAACCCUCUCUUUCUCUACCCAUUCAUUCAUUCACUCACUGCCAAUAUAGAGAGAGAAAAUUGAACCUUCAGUUCCAAUUCUGCCCAUGGUGGAAGCACAAUCAUGGACCACACGGCGGGGCAGCAACCCUCGGCUCGACUCAUCGGCGGCGGACCAAGUCCUCGACAUUCCGGCGACACCCACAGACGGCGUACGCAACAACAGCCACAUUGGAUCAAUCCUCUCACCAAACAUAUUAACGGCUGUGAUCGUCUUAUCACGGUACUUCUCCAACAUCGGAGUUCUUUUACUCAACAAGUACCUCCUCAGCAUCUACGGUUACAAGUACCCAAUCUUCCUUACCAUGCUCCACAUGCUAUCCUGCGCCGUAUACAGCUUCGCCGCCGUUAAUUGGCUCGAGAUUGUUCCUUUCCAGCAAAUCUUAUCUCAUCGCCAGUUCUUCAAAAUCUUCGCUCUCUCCGCCAUUUUCUGCUUCUCCGUCGUCUCCGGCAACAUCUCUCUUCGCUACCUACCUGUCUCCUUCAACCAAGCCAUUGGCUCCACCACUCCUUUCUUCACUGCCAUCUUCGCCUUCCUCAUCACUUUCAAGAAAGAGUCCCCCCAGGUCUACCUCGCUCUGGUACCGGUAGUUUUCGGAAUCGUAUUAGCCAGCAACAGCGAGCCUCUGUUCCAUCUCUUCGGCUUCCUCGUAUGCAUCGGCUCCACAUCCGGUCGAGCCCUGAAAUCAGUGGUUCAAGGCCUACUCUUAACCUCCGAAGCCCAGAAACUACAUUCUAUGAAUCUACUUCUCUACAUGGCUCCAAUGGCAGCGUUGAUUUUACUUCCAUUUACACUCUACAUUGAAGGGAAUGUGCUUGCGAUUACGAUUGAGAAAUCGAGGAACGAUUCGUUCAUUGUGUUUUUGUUGAUUGGGAAUGCGACCGUGGCCUAUUUGGUGAACUUGACGAAUUUCUUGGUGACGAAGCAUACGAGUGCGUUGACGUUGCAGGUGUUGGGGAAUGCAAAAGCGGCGGUGGCAGCAGUGGUGUCGGUUUUGAUAUUUAGGAAUCCGGUGACGGUGAUGGGGAUGACGGGGUUUGGAGUAACGAUGAUGGGUGUUGUACUGUACAGCGAAGCAAAGAAGAGAUCUAAAGCUAUAGCUCAUUGAUGGCCGACCACAAGGAUGUCAAGUUCAACUGUCAACGGCAGUAGCUCAGAUCGGUUAACGUACUUGAACAAAAAUUGUCCUGCAUGUAAUAAAAAGGCCACGAUUCGAAUUUCUGAGACCGAUCGAAAUAAAAACAAGUUAUUCUACUCUUGUAAUGGUUGUGGUACUUUCAUUGGAUGGUGUGUGCCUAUGAACUCACAAUGUGGAAAUCAUAAAAUUCCAAGACAAGUAGAAAGAGAACUGCUAAGAUCUAUGACGGAACAAUUUCAAGCUAUGACCGAGCAACAAAGAUCUAUGACCGAACAACUUCGAGCUAUGACCAAACAACAAAGAUCUAUGACGGAGCAACUUCGAAUUCAGAGUGCAAAGAUGCAAAAAAUAGAAUUUCUGAUGUUUGUGUUGCUUAUAAUUGGUGUCUUAUUACUUAUGAAGAUGUAAUGCUAGUUAAAAGUAGAAGUAGAUUGAACUAUAUUUUGUUAUGGAAUGGAAUAUGUAUUAGUAAGAAACAGUUUGUUAUUUUUUGAGUGGAAUGGAAAUGAAUUGUUGAAUUGUUAUUGUUGAA